ACAGCUGGCAAUUCAGUUUCGUUGAGUCAGCAAAGCCAUGCGGAACCUAGCUCCACUUCUAACCCUAAUAUUUGCGAUCUCUUGGAAGAUCUGUGAGGCCUCAGUGCCGCCUCGUCGCCCCGAUGGACGCAUUGUGAAUGGAAGGGAGGCAAAUGAGGGCGAGUUUCCUUAUCAGCUAUCGCUACGGCGCCUCACCGUUCACAUCUGUGGCGCCUCUGUCUUGGACGGCAGCUGGGCCAUCACCGCCGCCCAUUGCGUCGAUGGCCACGAGAAGCAGCCGCAGGAGUUCACCUUGCGCCUGGGCAGCGUGAAGCGCUCCAGUGGCGGCAGCGUGAUGAGUGUGCGAACGAUCUAUAAGCAUCCUUCGUACGAUGCCAAGGACAUGAACUUCGAUGUGGCGCUGCUGCGUACACAGCCGGGCGCCUUAACUCAAAAUCCCAAUGUCUCGCCCAUCGCCCUGCCCGAGGCUGGGGCCGUGAUCGAGGAGAAUCAGCUGGCCGUUGUUUCCGGCUGGGGUUACAUGAGCAGCACGGAAUCGGUUCUGUCCUCUACGCUGAAGUACACUACAGUGCGGACGGUUAAUCAGGAAAGAUGUCAUAACGAUUUGAGAUAUCACGGCGGAGUAACUGAUGCCAUGUUCUGCGCCUCGGCACGUAACACGGAUGCAUGUCAGGGCGACAGCGGUGGUCCACUUACAGCUCAAGGCAAGCUCAUCGGCAUUGUGUCUUGGGGUGUCGGCUGCGCGGAUCCGUUUUAUCCGGGAGUUUAUACACGGCUGUCACAUCCCUCGAUCAGAGGCUGGGUGCGAAUGCUAACCAAAUUGUAAAUUGAAAUGUAUUUUGACUGCUAAUUAAAUAAAUUAAUAGUUCAGAUUU